GUCAGCGACUUAAACGCUAACGUUCGCUUUGCGCGGCGUCUGCAGUUUGAUUCGCAUCGCUGUGGACACAGACAGCUUCGGUGAGUUGUCGAACAAAGACGUCCUGUAAACAUGGAGGAAGGCGACAUCAAGCGCUACGAGUUUGAUGCUCCGUGCCACGUCGUUGACCUGAAGGAGUUCGCGAGUACAGAAAACGACGACGAGUGGUUCGAACACCACAGUGGGGCAACAGAUGGUCAUCUGAUCACUCCUUGUAGACCAGACCAGCCAUUUGUAAAAGGUGAUGAGCCUGGGGCUGCUGUAAUUCGUCAGGCCGAGACAGAUGCACACUCCGGUCCGACCACAUCUCCACCUGCGAACAUUGUUACAUCCUGGGGUGCUGAAACCCAUGCUCAAAAUGAUGGCCGGCCAGCGAGGACUGCUAAUCAACCCCCUGCCCAGCCACGCAGGGUUUCAAAACGCAAAGAGAUGACCAGCGGUCCAGCUGCACCACCGUUAAAGAAACACAAAGGGAGUCCUGUUGCCCGAAAAUCCAGGAGUGUGCGACUGAACUCGAGGACUGCACAUGAGGCUCAUCCAGCCACGACGAGCUCCACCACCACAGAGCCAAGCACCUCUGAGGAACAGGAGCUGGAGCGCAUCAGGAACUUGCAGAAAGAAGUGGCUCUCCAUCGCAAAAGGAACGAGGCGAGCUACAAGGCUGCUCUGGCUGGCAAUGUGCAACCAAAGAAGAUGGUCCUACCCACAACUGUGCCUAAAGACUUCCAUUUCAGCACCGACACACGUGCUAAGGAGUCCGCUUCAUCCAGUACAUCCCACAAGGUGGUGGACUUUGUCCAUCAACUCCGUAAACCCUCCUCUCCAGCAAAAGCUCGGCGAGGUGCCACAGUGCCGAAGCCCUUCAACCUGUCGACAGGCAACAAGAGAAAGACGGGGGAGUCGGAUGUGUACGUGCCCAUGGCUCAGCAGGUGGAGCAGUUCCAGAAGCGAACCCCGACCCGCUACCAUUUGCGCAGUCGCAGAAGUCAAGAGAGAGGGCCACCCCGAGAAAAAGCGAACCACCUGAAGCUCACUCAGCCUCACUCGCCACACCUGGCGACCCAACAGAGGAGCCGCCCGCCGACCGUCAAGAGCAGCGCCGACCUGGAGGCUGAGGAGGUGGAAAAACUUCAGAAGUUUAAACUCAAGGCCCUGGAGCUGAACAAGAAGAUCUUGGAGAGCGCAGACGACCUAAAAAAGCCGGUAGUAAAGGAACCAACAGUACCCGAGUGCUUUGAGCUGGAGAUUGAAAAAAGGCUCCAGGGGAGACAGGCCACCAAGAAGCCUCAGGAGGAGGAAGAGCAGCCCCACAACUUCAGAGCCAAGCCUCUGCCUAAAAAGGUCCUGGAGGGAGUCGUGGGAUUGCCAGAAAAGAAGGUAGCAUAUCCGACUGUGCCAGAGUCUCCAGCGUUUGCCCUCAAGAAGAGGGUGCGUUUGGACCCCAAGGUUCCAGAAGUCAAACAGAUCUCACCCAUCAAGCCCCCGCCGGUGCCUCACUUUGGCCUCCCCUUCCAGCCCCGGCUACCAGAGCACCAUCAUGUGGAGGUCUGUCCUUUCUCCUUUGAGCAGAGGGAACAAGAGAGAAGGGCCCUGAAAGAGAAGAAGCUGGAGGAGAAACGAAAUGAAGAGGUACCACAGUUCAAGGCCCAGCCACUGCCACACUUUGACACCGUGGUUCUUCCUGAGAAGAAGAAGCUGGAGCCCACGAAGCCCGAGCCCUUCAGACUGCUCAUAGACGAACGAGGAGCUGUAAAGAACAGUCGCUGGGAACACAUGGUAAAAGAAGAGCAGAAACAUCAAGAGGAAGCGACAAUCUUCAAAGCCAGGCCCAACACAGUCACUCGAAAAGAGCCUUUCCGGCCCAAAAAGGAGGACCGGGGCGUAGUGGGCAUUAAUUCUUCCACAGUUGUAGAGGCCUUUGAGCUGGCGACGGAGCGACGGGCCCGCGAGUGGCAGGAGUACGAGCAGCUGGCCAGCGAGAAGGAGGCUGUCCGGGCGCGCAUGGAGGCCGAGCAGCGGCGAGAGGAGGAGCAGAAGGAGAAGGAGGAGAUCAACAGGAUGCGCAAAGAACAGGUUCACAAGGCUCAGCCGAUCCGACACUACAAACCCGUAGCAGUGAAGAAGAGCGAAAUCCCUCUCACAGUCCCAGAGUCUCCAAACUUCUCCGACCGCUUCCGCUUGUAAUCAGCUGUUGUUACUGUUCUAAGAGAAUCUGUGCGUUUUACUUCUGCAAAUGUCUUUUAGCAUAUUAUUAAUGUUUUUAUUCUAACCGAAAUAAAGAUUUUGUUAAAUCGACAA